CCUGCUGCAUUACACUAUCCUCCUCAGCUGCUGCACUGCACUCUGACUGCAAGCUCUUUGGGGUGAGAGAUGAAACCUUGCUGUGAACAGGAGCAGCCAGUCUGCACUGCGUGUGAAAGAGCCUCUGCCUGGCAGGUUCGGGAACAAUGCCUUUGCAAGCCAAGAGCCCACCUGGAGGAGGCACCCUGGGAUCUCCAAUGAAGUGAAACUUGAUGCUUUUCAGCAAAGACACACCUCUUUCAGGGUGGUGUUGUGCAAAUUUCUCUAUUUUAAACCUAGGGACAGGAAACAUGAAAUGGGACAUAGCCUGAAGUUUACUAGCACAUGAUAAAAAAGAGAAUCAGAGGCUUGCAAUGAAGCCCUUGUCACAAAUAUCCUGGAUUGUCAGGAGCUUGGACAUUUGAGGAAGUUGCUGCUUCACUACACAAACAGUUGAAAUGCUGAAAGGGAAAUAUGUGAUUGUUACUGGGGCAAGCACUGGAAUCGGCGAGCAGAUGGCGUACCACCUGGCGCGCAUGGGUUCCCACAUACUAAUCACUGCACGGACAGAAGCCAAGCUCCAAAAAGUAGUCUCUCGGUGCUUGGAACUUGGGGCAGCCUCUGCCAGGUAUGUGAAUGGCAGCAUGGAAGACAUAAUAUUUGCUCAGUUAGUAGUGAAGAAAGCAGAGGAAUUAUGGGGAAACCUAGAUAUGCUUAUUCUCAACCAUGUUGGCAGUUCCUACUUCAAAUUUUUUGAUAGUGAUGUUGGGCAUGUGCAAAAACUCCUGGACAUCAAUUUCCUAAGCUAUGUGAGCAUGACAGUAGCAGCUCUUCCCAUGCUGAAGAAAAGUGGAGGAAGCAUUGUAGUGGUUUCAUCUAUGGCAGGGAAAGUUGGAUUCCCGUUUACUGUUCCCUAUUCUGCAACUAAGUUUGCCUUGGAUGGAUUUUUCAGCUCUUUGCGGCAGGAAUUCGUCAUGCAAAACAUCAAUGUUUCCAUCACGCUCUGUAUCCUUGGACUCAUUGACACAGAAACUGCAAUGAAAGCCACUUCUGGCAUUUUUACAUCUCCAGCAGCACCAAAGGAAGAAUGUGCACUAGAAAUUAUUAAAGGUGGAGCCUUGCGUCAACGGGAGGUUUAUUAUGAAUAUACAUCCACAAAGAUCCCUCUAUUAAUCAGAGACUGGGUUCCAGAUCUCCUGGAUUAUCUCAUCAGGAGCAGCUAUAAUAUGGAAAAACUGAAAGAAGCUUAACUGAAGUUUUAUAGAGCUUUUGCUUGUCUUUCUAUUUCUCUUGUUCUGUUACAUAUACCUA